AAAUUUUGGGGGAAUUUAUGUUGACUUUGGCAACAUUGAAAGUUGUACAGUACUCGUCCCACCAUUUUAAAUUGUUGGCGGAAGGUCACCGAACAGUUGCGAGUUCCCCAGGAAGGUUCCUUAAAUUACACAGGUACAGUGAACUCGCCUCCGUCAACCACACCGGACGAGACAAAAAUUUUCAUCGGAAUUGACGAAAACCCCGGAUAAGACUGUUUAAUACCAGGACAAGACUAUUUCUCGGCUUAGACAAGACUACGGUCUAGACAAAUACCAGAAUGGACGACAUUCUUUUAGCAAGGCUUAGGCUCAUUAAUGACAAACUCACAACAGACUUAGAAGUAAUUCCGGUUACUGUUAAUUUAGAAAAUUUAGUGCAAGCUCAGAUUACCUACGGUAAAUUAGAAGCAUCACUGAAAAGACUUAACGGAGACCUGACGGAGUACUUUAGGCUGGCUUCGACACCCGCAUCGGAUGAAAUCUACUUGAUAAGUGGACUUCAACUUCAAGCAGAAGAGACUUUAGCGGAACUUAAGGUGAAGAUCGACCAAAUAUCUACAUCAAGCAAACCAUCAGAGAAGCUGACUGAAGCGAACUCCUCGUGCAGACUUCCUAAGCUUCAGCUGCCGGUGUAUAAUGGGGAUGUACUGGCGUGGUAUGAAUUUUGGGAUGCCUUCAGAAGCAACAUCGAUGCAAGGAACCUGCCGGAAGUGGACAAGCUUUCAUAUCUUAAGACUUCAGUCAAGGGAGAUGCCAAAAAAGCUAUUGACGGUCUAGCGACUACUAGCACCAACUAUGCUAUUGCGGUUUCAAUACUGAAAGAAAGGUUCGGGAAAACUUCACAUCUCAUAGAUGCGCAUUAUGCCACAUUAUAUAAAAUUAAGAUGGCCAAAGGCAAUGCGGAUGAUUGCAGAAGGACUUUCAACGAGAUUGAAAGGAACCUUAAGAUUUUAGAAUCACUAGGUGAGAACAUUAAUCAUAAUCACCUGCGCUUCAUGCUACUAGAGAAGUUUCCUUCUGAUCUAGUAUAUGAGAUAAAACUUAAAGUUAAGGAUGAUUCCAUUCAAGAACUGAGAAGCCAAAUGGACAAAAUAAUCACUGCCAAGGAGGAUGCGGAGAGGAUAUCGAGUAUGAAACGCCCUCUGGACUCAGAAGCUAGUACGGUCGGGAUUCUUCAUGUGAAUGCGAAACGCGCGAGAUACGCAAGUCAGUCCCAACUACAUCACAGUAAACAGAGUAAACAAAACCAGCAGAGAGACUUCGAUAAGCGACCUGUACAGAAGAAGUUUAAGGGUUUCAAGAAAAAUAGCAAUAGAGGCAACAGACCAAACCAAGCUUCAACUUCAAGCAAGGAUCAGAAAGAAACUCAGCGAAGUCCUCAAGAGGUCAGGAAGGGAUUGGAUUGUAUAUUUUGCAAAGGGGGCCAUUAUAACGAUAGCUGCCCUGAAGCAUCUACUUUAGCCGAAAGGAAGAAACGACUUGAAGGACGAUGCUUCAUCUGUUUCAAGCAGAAUCACUUGGCAAAAGACUGUAAGAGUAAGAAAAAAUGCGCUCGCUGCCAUAGUGAAGUACUGCAUAAUCGAGCAUUAUGUCCUUCAAAUUUUCAGAAGGAUACAACGGAGAAGAAACAGUCCUGACUGUUCUAGAAGAGGGAAUCACUGCACUCCAAACGGCAACAGUUUAUGCAAGCCCCCUAGAUAAUAAGAACAAACUAUUUAAAUAUAGACUUCUCUUAGAUCCAGGUUCCCAACGCUCUUAUGUAACAUUCCGGACUGCAAAGGAACUAAAGCUUCCCGUCGAAGAAGAGAGUCAUCUAGUAGUAUUCACCUUCGGCGACGAUCCUCCCAGAGAGAUACAUAGCCCAAUAGUCACUCUUCAUCUACUAUCUAGAACAAACAAGAACAUAGUAAUACAGGCUAACUGCGUAGAGCAUAUCUCCAGAGGUUAUAUACCUAAUGUCAAGAUGAAGAACUUACCGGAGUCAUAUACACUAGCGGACGACGGGUCGCUGAGCGGACCUGUACAGAUCUUGGUUGGAAACGAAUAUUACUGCAACAUAACUUACGAGAAAAGGGUACAACUGGAUAGCAAUUUGUUUCUAAUCGACUCUGCACUUGGUUGGAUAAUUAGUGGUAGAGCAGAACCACAGCUUAGAGACGAGUCGUACGUAGUGACUUACACUCAGACUUGCAUUGAAACGAAGCUUCAUCAGCCAGAUCCACCUCUUUGUAAUGGAGACAUAAAGAGCCUUUGGGAACUAGAAUGCAUAGGUAUUAGUGAUUCCCCAAGAGCAACUAGAGAAGAAGAAGCCAUCAAAUAUUUUAAUGAUACAACUUUAAAAUUAAAUAAUCGAUACACGGU